CUCCGUGGAAACGGGCCCGACGAGCGUCGUAUUGUCGUGGUGGCCGAUGGAACCCCGACUUGUGGGCCCCGGGCCCUACCGAGCGACCCGAUUGUGGAACGAGACCAUUGAGCUCUUUCGAGAUGGAAUGCCCUUGCGGAAGCAUCGUUGUCACUUCAAAAGCUACGAGCGUUGCUUCACAGCUUCGGAGGCAGUAGACUGGUUGCACAGACUGCUAAGGCACAACCAAAAUUUUAGCCCUGAAGUAACCCGCACGCAAACAGUUCAGCUCCUUAAAAAGUUCCUAAAGAAUCACGUAAUUGAAGAUAUCAAAGGAAGAUGGGGCAAGGAGGAUUUUGAGGACAAUGGCCAUUUAUAUAGAUUUCCUCCUUUCUCACCACUAAAACCAUACCCUAAACGAUCUCCUUACCGAAAAGAAAUAAUUAAAUUCCCAAACUGGAAUGAUCUUGAAAGAGAUACUUUCCAAGAACACAUCCUAAUGAAGCCUGUCGUGUUGAACUCUGAAAUGUGGUUCAAACGUCACAGUAUUGCAAUUGGAGAAGUACCAACAUGCAAACUUGUACGUCGCCGACAAAUAACAGAGGCAAAUUUAGAAGAGAUAUGGAGAUCUAUGACGCUAUCACGCUUGCAAAAAACUUUAGGCUUGGAUUCUCUGAAUGACAUGCUGGACACUAAACUUGUGAAUCCAAAGCAUAUCAUUCAGAACGUGUAUAAUGUCAACAAGCAGGGGGUUGUCAUUUUGGAAGAUAAAUCAAAGGAGCUUCCUUACUGGGUGCUGUCAGCAAUGAAGUGCCUGGCAAAUUGGCCCAGGUGUUCAGAUUUGAGACAGCCGACUUACUCAGGGUUUGAAAGAGACGUCUUCCGAACCAUAGCCGAUUACUAUGGCCACAUGAAAGAACCUCUUCUCACUUUCCAGUUCUUUGAUGUCUUUGUCAGUGUGCUAGGUCUCCUACAGAAAGAGAAGCUGGCCGUUGAAGCACUGCAGAUCUGCUGUCUUUUGCUGCCACCAGCCAAUCGUCAGAAGCUCCAGCUGCUGAUGACUAUGAUGGCUAGGAUCAGCUCAAAUAAGGACCUGCCGCCUCUCUCUGACACAGUCGGGACAAGAACGCUGAUGGUUCAAGCCUUUUCUCGCUGCAUUCUCUGUUCCAAGGAGGAGGUGGACCUGAAUGAACUACUGGCUGCUAAACUGGUGUCAUUCUUGAUGGACAAUUAUCAAGAGAUCUUAAACAGUCCUUCAGCCCUGAAAGCUGCAAUAGAGGAACACGUAGCGCAUCUCCAAAGGGUCCAGAUAAAAUAUCCAGGAGCUGAUACUGAUGCAAGUUUGCCUGCUCCGUCGUUUUGUUAUCAAAUCAGCAGCGAUGAGUUUGAACACCAAAGAACAAACGGCUGUCAAGAGCCACUGGCAGGUUUGUUGGAAGAAAUUGCAAUGAAUACAGAAAUGUCCACCAAAGAGAAGAAGAAAAAGCUGAAACGGUUUCAGAAAUCUUAUCCUGAUGUAUAUAAGGAACGAUUUCCUACUCCUGAAAGUGAAGCGGUUCUGUUUCCAGAAAAAAGUAAACAGAAGCCAAUGCUGUUGACGUGGGCAUUUAAAAAGCCUUUCCAGCCAUUUCAAAGAACAAGAAGCCUUCGGAUGUAGGACUGUGAAUGAGCUGCAUCUCAGGAAUGAUCGGAUUUGUGCAUUUGGAACAGCUGGAAAUUUGUUAACUACUGAAAACGUGAUUAAUGGGGGGAAAUUGGGGCAGCAAACUGCUAUGCUGAGCCAUUAUCAGUAUUUUUUUUGUAAAUCUUUUGGACUGGCUCCAGACUUAAUCAUGCUUACAGCAGACUCACUGAAAUCAAUGGGGCAAGUUAGUCCGAUUGGCGUAGAUGUACUCUUUGUGUUUUUCUUUUUAUAAAAAAAAGUCAAGGUUGUCUAAUGGUGAGCUGGUUCAGGGAAUCAUAAUUCAGUUUAAUAAACUGAAAUAUGAAUUAGCCUUUUGACCAUACAUGCAGAACUUCCAUGUGAGCCACAAUUAAGGCAGAAAAUCUGGAAUUACCAUAGCUUGCCAUUUCAGCCAAAU